AACAUUCCAGUACCUGGGAAUCAGGGUCUUCUGGGUCAGGCCCUUUUGAAUCAAGAGAGGAAAGCUCAGCAUGGCAUGCAUGGCCCCACUACUUCAGCAAGACUGACUUUCUCCACAGGAGUGGAGGCAUCUGGGCAAGUGGACCAAGUGAUGUGUGCCUGAUCUACCUAGUGAAUAGGGUGCCUGCUAGUUCUUGUUGCUCGACCAGUUGCUACUUUUCAAGCAUUGAGAUAGUUUUGAAGGUGAAGCUACUCCUCGCUGGCUUUAGGAUUCUUCUGGAUUUUAAAGUCGUUCUUUAAAAAAAGAAAAAAAAAAAAAACAAAUAAGUAAAAACCUCGGACGGAUAAAAGAUGUGCCAUGGCAGGAUAGCACCAAAGAGCAGCUCAGAGUUUGUUGUGACUUCCGUCGGCCAUGGAGUGCUUCUUCAACUGGUGAUCCUUUGCAGUCUGCUGGGAGACGGAUUAGCCUCCGUGUGCCCUCUGCCGCCAGAGCCAGAGAAUGGUGGCUACAUUUGUCACCCCCGACCCUGCAAAGAUCCUUUGACAUCAGGCAGUGUCAUCGAGUACCUGUGUGCAGAAGGCUACAUGUUGAAGGGUGACUACAAAUACCUGACCUGCAAAAAUGGCGAGUGGAAGCCAGCCAUGGAGGUUAGCUGUCAUCUCAAUGAAGACAAAGAAACCCAUGCAUCACUUGGGGUCCCUGCGCUGUCCAUAGUGGCUUCCACUGCCAGCUCUGUGGCACUCAUUCUUCUCCUCGUGGUGCUGUUUGUACUACUGCAGCCAAAGCUGAAGUCUUUCCAUCACAGCAGGCGUGAACAGGGGAUUUCUGGGGACCAAGUCUCCAUCAUGGUGGAUGGGGUCCAGGUUGCACUACCCUCAUAUGAGGAGGCUGUGUAUGGAAGUUCUGGUCACUGCAUGCCACCGGCUGACCCCAGAGUACAGAUCGUUCUGUCGGAAGGGUCUGCACCUAGUGGGAGGAAUAUGCCGAGGGAGCAGCAGCUGCAAGGCCAGGCGGCCUGCUCCUCUGCAGGUGGAGAAGAUGAGGCCCCGGGCCAUUCUGGGCUGUGUGAAGCCUGGGGUUCCCAAGGCUCAGAGACUGUGAUGGUGCACCAGGCAACCACAUCUUCCUGGGUGGCCGGCUCAGGGAGCAGCCGGCAGACACACAAAGACACUGCAGAUUCAGAGAACAGUGACAUACAAAGCCUUUUAUCCCUCACAUCAGAGGAGUACACAGAUGAUAUCCCACUGUUGAAAGAAGCAUGAGGGCUGCCACUGGCCUCUCUCCUCUCUGCCCGUCCUCUCUCUUCCUGUGGGUUUGAGUACCAUGUCCUCUCCAGCUGCCCCACCUGGAUACCUGAGCUGCCACCUGUGUAUCUCCGCGUACCUGAGAGCCUGCAGGCCACCUCGCUGGAGACUCAAGGAAGAUUCUCACCAUCUGCCCACUGGACAGCUGGAGGACCUGGCUCUUUGCCUGGCCCAGCCUUCCCAUCUGUCAGGGACAUGUCUGAAUGUGCUGGAUUGAACCCUCCCUUUCCCUCAGCCUCUGGGUCCCUUCCAGCCAGCUCUUGGUGGCAGCCCCACGUCACGAGGGCCUGAGCACUGCUGUGUUUACUUGUGCCUUCCCCCACCCUGUCCAGGUUCCCUGUUGUGCAGGUGGGUUGCUGUCCACAGGCCUUAGUGGCUAUGCCACCUGUACCCAGGGGCUAGACCUGAGGUUGCAGAAACAGACUGAAGAGUAGUAAGGCACUCAAAGCAGGAGUAGCUCAUGUUGGGUCCAGAUGUGGGUCCCUGAGCUUGCCCUGUGUGUUGACACUGAUGGCAUCUUCCUUAACUGAGCAUAGGUUUGGGAAGUCAUGCCAAAGCCACCCAGCACUCAGCUGACCAGCUCUGUGCAGGCUCCUGGCUCUUUUGAGAGUUUCCAAGAAGCACCCAGAAGACCUGUGGGAGGGAAGAAGGGUGUCAGAUAAUGAUUGUCUUCCUAAUAUGCGAGUUCUCACUUCCUGCUUCCAGCACUGGCUGCCUUGGCCCUUGGUCUCUGUUCCUGGAUAAGGGAGUCGCAUGCUGUUUCCUGGACCUUGUCCUAGGUAGCUCUGGCUUCCUUGCAGCCCCCAGCAUUCUGAGGUUUGCUGAGAUACCCACAAAAGCUCACCGGGCUUUUGGCAGUCUGGGCAAGCUGCCCAUUUUUAGGUUUGUGGUGAUGGAGGACAGGCUGAGAUGUAUAGGCCAAGUCCCUGGUGGCUGCAGGCAGCUCCGGCCAGGUCCUGAGGAUCCUCUUUACCACAGUCAUGUGCCUUAGUAACUAUGCCCAGGAAGUGGCCUGCUGUGCCACUGCUCCUGCUCUGUCCUCCUCCCUGCCUGUCCGUGUCAUUGCCCACAAGCCACUCUUUAUCUUCCCUGCCAGCUGAUAGACAUUGUUGGCUACUAGAAACCUGAGAUGUGCUGGUCUAGAAGAAAUGUUCCAGCCAUUUUGCUGGGGCCUCCUGUGGCCCUGUACUGAAUGCUGACAAGUCUGGGUAACAGAGCCCCACCAGGCUUCUACCAUCCUGAGAACACAGAUGUGGCAUUAAGGAACGUGUGCUUUUUCUUCUCUUCUUCCUCCUCUUCUUCCUCUUCCUUUUCCUCCUCCUCCUCCUCCUCAAGCCUUGGGGCUGGGAAACUUCAGAGCCAAUCUUGGACUGCACCUAUGAUGAGCCUCUCUGGGGUGGUAAAAGUAAUAAAAGCCCAGAGUAUUUAUAGUUCCUGACACAGCAGGGUUAGCUCCAGGCAUCAGUGGCCUCAAAAAUAGGGGAAUAACUUCUCCUAGCCCACUGCCCACUGCCUCCAUUCACAAUGCACUUUAGUCCUGUCAUGCCUGGCUUCCUGCCACCCUCAUCUCCUCUCAGGGUAAGGGCAGUGCCUGCUGCCCCUGCUGGCCACUCCCACACUUACCCAGGAGGCCAGUCCAUUGUGCCCAGUGUUCAGGCAAGUAUGGUUGGUUGAGGAAUGGGCUGGAGAAGGUGCUCAAACACACCUAGCAGAUGACUAAAACACACCUAGCUGUUCCUGUCAUGGUCUUACCUAGGGCUGGGUUCCAAGGCCCCAAGCCAUCUCACCAAGGCUCUUCUUCAGCUUCAGUGGUAUCCAGCCUCUUCAAGGGAAAACUGAGCAAGGAGCAGGGGUCUUCUGAAUGGGUCUUCCCUUUUUGCUUACUGCUCUUCUAAAAUCUGAAUUCUGUUCUCGGAGUUUCAAAAUGGAAGAUACUUCCCUUUCUGUCUUUACUCUGGGCUGGUACCCCUGACAGAUUGCACUUUUCCUUUUGGACUUGUUUAGCCUUGUAGGUGACUGGGCUGGGCCUUGGGUAAAAGACCCUCCUGGUGCCUCUCAGCAUCCAUUAGCCUGCUCUGGGGACUCAGGCCCAGGCUUGCCCAACUGAAAGUUAAAGGCCAUCCAUGGUCCCCAUCCUCUUGUCACUGGCUUUUAGAAGGUCUUUUCUUGAGGUUUCCCACCUACUACUGUUGCUGGCAUCUGUGACUUCUUCCUACAUUGUUUCUUCUAAAGCAAUUUCUUAACUAACCAUCAUCAUGUGCUGUGGUUUCUGGGGCAUCUGGACUUUGUCCAUUACAGAAGGACUGGGGGACUUAAUUGCCUUGAAGUGGAGCCUGACUAGAAACAGGGUCAGUGGUAGAUGGCAGACUCUUGGGCAGGAAGAAGCUUAGAGCAAGUGGGAAAAACUAACUACCCAGCCUACUUUACUGGGCUCACCUCCGGGGCAUCCCGAGACUUGUCCAAAAGAGGCAGUCAGCACCAAAGGACUUUUACACAGGGUUUUUUGGUUUGGGAGAUGUUUUUGCUUUUUCAUACUUAAACUGACUCGAUGCAGGUUUUAUAUCCUGGUGACUUGCUGUCACAUUCUAUCAGUUUUCAAGGGCCAGAAUGAUGAAAUAAAUAAAUAGAAAAUUCCGUCCUUCCAUGCCUUAGUUUAACAGGUAGGCCCAGUUCUGUGUUUUGUGUGUUUCGCUGUGCAAGAACUGUGAAAUGGGCAGACGACUUUGUGGGUUUGUUUGGUUUUUAUAAGGCAUUUCAAUGUACAUUCUACAAGCACUCCGUUUGCAAAGAGAACUUAAAGUCACUGUCUUCCCCAUUCAUCUUGCCCUCCUCCCUGCACCCCCAGCUUUACAGCUCUGUAAAGAAGCCAGGCUACAAGACAGACAAAGGUAUACUUUUCCUGCUUUGAGAGUGGCCAAGUGGGGAUAGAUAGCAGUUGGCCUUUUCCUCCCAAUCCCAUCAGAGCUCUUGAAUCACUUGGCUUCCUGCAUAACAGUAUCUCCUCUGUCCUGAGGAACAUUCUAGCAUAGGAAAUGGGAUAUGCUGCAGACAUUUCUAGAUCCUCCCUCCCUCCCCCUCCUUAGAGAGCAGAGAGGCUAGAAAGGACACAUGCAUGCCUACUAAAUAGCCUAAUCCAGGUAUGCGGGUGCCUGACAGGACAGCCAGAGCCUCCUCUGUGGGGCCUUAGAGAAUAUGUUACUUGGCAUGUGUUUAGGCUGAGUGGUGAGGUAGAUGGUUUCCUGGGAAGCCAAAGGUAGCAGGCCAGCUUUUCUAAGAUGUGACUUAAUACUUGGCUGAAAACCUAGUCGUUUUGAACAAAGCACCCCCACACACACACACACACGCACCCUACCCUGUCCUCUCCCAGUAGCAGAGCUCACCGUGGGGAAUGCGGAGUAGGGAGAGGAAGUAGUUGAGGGUUGCAUGGCUGUAUCCACACUGGCCUGGCUUCUUGAGGCUGUGCACCACUAUGGGAUCCUUUGCAGAAUGGUACUCAUGUCAUGGUUUAAAACAACACAUGCUUAAUUGACUGUGCAGGAUGUCAAUCUGGGUUUGCUUUAUUUUAUUUUAUAUAUAUAUUUUUUGGUAUCCUGUACAUUGCAGUGGGUAUGAAGAUAGUAUUUUAAUAUUUGUACAAAGUUUAAUUUAAUUUUAAUUGUUCUAUGUAUAUAACUGCAUUUCUAAAUAAUAAUAAAAAUUCUUAUGAAGGCA